AUGGGUGUUCGUACUAAGACCGUAAAAGGCUCAGCCGUGAAGAUUAUUGAAAAGUACUACUCACGUCUUACUCUUGACUUUGAUACAAACAAACGAGUGUGCGAUGAGGUUGCAAUCAUUCCAUCAAAGCGCAUGCGCAAUAAGAUUGCAGGAUAUAUUACGCACCUCAUGAAGCGCAUCCAACACGGUCAGGUGCGUGGCAUCUCGCUCAAGUUGCAGGAAGAAGAGCGUGAACGUCGUUUGGACUUUGUUCCAGAAGUCUCAGCCAUUGAUACGGAAAAUAUCGAGAUUGAUAACGAUACCAAGGACUUGCUCGCUCACUUGGAUCUCAAGUUGGCUGGUGUGCAUGUGCCUCAGCCAAAGGCCCGUGAACAGCACCAUCACCAUCGUGACUAG